AUGUCUGGCAUCCCGAACGACUCGGAGUCGUCCUCGACGCGUCCCGCCCCCGCAUGGCAGCGUGCAGCCCAAACCAUCCUCACGAGGCUCUCCCAUGGCUCAACUCCGUUCAUAACGACGUUCGUCCUGAUCCAUCUGACGGCGCCCGCCCUGGCAAGCUUGGGCGGUACAACGCUGUCGUCGCAGGUGAUGCUCCUCGGGCGCGAAUACUACCAAACACCCUUCGGCGAGAAAUACCUCGUCCUCCUCCCGCUGCUCGUCCACCCGCUCUCCAGCCUCGCAAAGCGCCUCCUGGCACCCCGGCCCGCGCGCCGCGCCACGAGCGUGCUCAGCCUGGCGGGGUACGCCGCCACGCUCCUGCUUGCCGUGCACUUCCUCACGCACCGCGUGCACCCCGCGGACGCCGCGCCGCCUGUGCUCGCACUCUCGCCCGCCGAGCUCGACUACGAGUACGUCAAGUACGCGCUGCAGGCGUGGCCGUGGCGCGCGUGGUUCGGCUACGUCGCGCUCACGGCUGCGGUCGCGGGCCAUGCGGCGGAGGGCGCGAAGGUCGUGUGGAAUACGUGGCUGAGGGACAUGCUUGGAGGGUGGAGGGGCGGCCCAGGGAGGGUGGCGGGCGUGGUGGCGGCGGUGGUCGUACCCGUGGUGUCGGGCUUGUGGGUAAUCUCCUCGGAGCCCCUCAUGGUGUUUGGCUCGACUGCUGUCAGAUUCCAUGCGGCGUUUACCAAGUCUUUGGUUUACCGAUUAUGA